AAAUUUUUUGACUGGAACAAUUUUCUUGUUUGUCCCCAAUUUGUCCGACCAAUAACCCACCCUAAGCCCCUUUUUUCUCUCUCGUUAAAAACCCCAACAGCACCACGCCUCCUCUCGGAGCUCGCCGCCGUCGUCGGUUUUCCGCGGCCUCUCAAAAACUUAGACGAAAUCCCCCCUUAAAACCCGUAAUUCCCCGCCUCCUCUCUCUCCUCAGAACCCCAACCGUAAUUCCUCCUCCUGAAAUCGGAUCUCGCCGCUUCUCCUGCUCCUCAUUUUCGCCGCCUCACUUCACGCAGAGAAAAAACCCAUAUUUGGCAGCAAGCUCAGACCUCAUCUAUCUCUCUUCCUCUCAUAUCAGCGAUCAUGGGACUUCUGAGCAUCAUAAGGAAAAUAAAAAGGAAGGAGAAGGAGAUGCGAAUCCUAAUGGUGGGGCUGGAUAACUCGGGUAAGACGACGAUAGUUCUCAGAAUCAAUGGCGAGGACACCAGUGUCAUCAGCCCGACCCUCGGAUUCAACAUCAAAACUAUCAAAUACCAAAAGUAUUCAUUGAACAUAUGGGAUGUUGGCGGGCAGAAGACCAUUAGGUCAUACUGGAGGAAUUACUUUGAGCAGACUGAUGGAUUAGUUUGGGUUGUUGAUAGCUCUGAUGUUCGGAGGCUUGAAGAUUGCAGAAUGGAGCUUGAGAAUCUCCUCAAAGAAGAGAGGUUAUCUGGAGCAUCUUUGUUGGUUUUUGCAAAUAAGCAGGAUAUACAAGGGGCUCUCACUCCACCAGAGAUAACUAAAGUGCUAAAUCUGGAGGCUCUAGACAAAACCAGGCAUUGGAAACUUGUUGGUUGUAGUGCAUACACUGGCGAGGGGUUACUCGAAGGUUUUGAUUGGCUUGUUCAGGACAUUGCUUCUCGGAUUUAUGUACUUGACUGAAUAUUUUUGACUUGUAAAACACUGACUACAUAAAUUCGUGUUUAAUGAACAUUGUCCUGAGAUUUUUGAUGUUUUUGUUUAUAUGGUAAUGUAACAUCUGUUUACUGUUA